CGUCUGAGUGUGGUUCUUAAGAGAAUUAAAGCUGAGUCUGGUUUCUGCCGUUGCCCCGAGGUUCUCUUCGCCGCCUGUGAGCUGGGAGUCUUUGACCUUCUGGCCGAGGUCCCGGAGGCCCUGGGCUUGGCUGCAGUGGCUGCACGUCUGGGCGUCAGCUCCCGGGGGACAGAGCUACUGCUGGAUGCCUGUGUGUCCCUGAAGCUGCUUCAAGUGGAAGUGAGGAGAGAAAAAGCUGUGUAUGAAAACACAGAGCUUGCCAGCACCUGCCUGGCCAGAGCCAGCCCCAAGGCCCAGCAGGACAUGCUGCUGUACGCGUCCAGGACCACCUACCUGGGCUGGGGCCAGCUGGCCGCGGCUGUCAGAGACAGGAGGAACCAGUACCUGAAGGCCUUUGGGGUUCCCUCCGAGGAGCUCUUCACUGCCAUCUACAGGAGACCCCGCAUCUCCCUCCUGACCCAGUACUGCCUUCCCAUAGAGGAGGGACGGAAAGCACGGGUCGCCCUUCGGAUGCCCUGGCACGAGAGGACACAGUCAGGUGGUUCCGGGGCUGUGGCCAAGGCGUGCAUGUCUCUGUACCCGGGGUCUCAGAUCACCGUGUUUGACAUCCCGGACGCGGUCCAGAUGGCAAACAGGCACUUCUCAUUCCCGGAGGAUGAACGGAUCGGCCUCUGUGAAGGAGAUUUCUUUAAAGACUGCCUUCCAGAGCCGGGUCUGGGCAUCCUGGCCAGGGUCCCGCAUGACUGGACGGAUGAGAAGUGUUCACACCUGCUGGUGAGAACCUAUCAAGCCUGCAAGACAGAUACGUGGUAGGGCUGGGUGUCGCUGUGCUGUCAACUCGGGGCAGGGUUGGCAGACUCUCCUUGGGGUGCCGGGGACUGAGUUCAUGUCACAGGUAAGGGGAGUCGUCCAACCAAAUGGCUCUCCUUCCACAUCAGUAAUUAAAACCGACAAAAAAAUGGCAUUGAUAACCAUCCUGCCGCGCAUCCCAACGAAAGAUGGAGGUCUCCGCUGUGCGCGAUGGGGACAGUAUCCUGUGAGGUCACGAUGCUGAGGGCCCACGAGGGCGUGGGCACAGCCUCUGUGUGUCACGAGGUCACAGUCACAGCCGACCGCUGAAGGUUUCCUUGCUUUCGGGACAUCACCAUGUCUCAGGCUUUUGAAUUGCUUCUCCCUCUCCAGAAUCGUCUAUUUUCCCCAGAAACUGUGGUUCUGCUAGUGGGGAAUCAUUUUCAGAGGCGGAGUUGCCAUUGCUGGGAGGGCAGUGUUUCUAGACUGGAGAGAGCUAGGAAAUGGAUUGAACACGCUGAAUUAUUUACAUUUCCAU